UUCAAAACGGUGACCGUCUUCAGUACUAAGGCUACAGCAAUAUAUUUUAUUAAUCUGUCUUUCAGGUGACAUCUUCAGGACUUUUAAGAACAUUUUGGCCACACGUGUGUCUCGCUAAAGUACGGAAAGUACGCAGUAGGUCUUGUAGAGGAACAAUUUGGCUUUGCCUAACAAGGUUCUUCACUGGUAUGCAGUAGUGCAUUUCAGCACUCAAGUAAUUCUUGCAAUACCCGUAUGGUGUAUGGUAAUCAUAAGUGCAAUCCUGCGAGAACGAAAUUAGUGCAGCAUGGUGAUUUGUCAAUUUUUCGACAACAGAUUUAAAUGGUGUACCGGAACUAGUUGUAGUUUCUGCUUCUGCUGCUCGUUCAAAGCCACUAAUUAAAUUGACGUUAUGAGUCAAUACCCUCUGGUCAGCCGUGGCAUUUCUUGGCGCACAAGCAAUGCAAGAUACUGAAAUAGUUUACCCAGUCGAACACAGGAUUACAGCAAAAAGGUGUUCAGUAGAGUACUCUAACAGGAAAGGUAAAUCUCAUUUUGAUGGUUCUUGGAAAAUUCAAGACGUGGGCAUUAAUAAGGGUCUUAGUAUGUGCCUUCAAAUAAACGACUACUGGACUCAAAAGACGUUUUAUACUGCUGUCUAGUAAUUCUUCAAAGACUUGAUGCCGCAAGUACACAGUGAUUCUUCAAAAAAUUUACCUGGAUACGUUGAGCCUGUUGUCUAUGUGAAGAUACUACGACGCAGCUGCAAUCUAGGUCUUUCAUUUCUUAGUGUGGG